AGGUUCCUACGUAAAACUCGUACCAGCACUGGCCAAAAACUCUGAAUUUCUUUAUCCGAAUACCGGCCGGUACGGUGGAUUUGAUUUUGAGUAUUUUGGUCUCAUUGAACUUAUGCUCCUUCCACACAACACCGAAACCCUCAUUUGCUCAAAGCCACGAGACCAAAAGGGAUCAUUGUCAAUCAAUUGCGAGGGAAAGCGUACGAGAAACAAUGGUUGAUUCCGGAAACCAGGACAGCCCUGUGAUGGCCAAAACGGAAAGGAAACGACGGAAGAUCACCGUGGUUCAAAAAGCGGUCUUUGCGGCAGCGACAGUCACGACGAUGGUGACAGCGGGACGCCUCUGUUCCUCGUCCUCGUCUGCUUGGUCGUCGCUGUUCCAAAGAUACAGCAGAAACAACAGCAUGGACUCUGCGCACGGGCAAACACACACGUACCUUCAAACCAACGAGCGUCGGCGGCGGCUCGGAGAAAUCGAAGCCAACAUGGAAAACGACGACUUUGUGGCGGAGAGCCAAAAGAAACACCACCCCAUGUUUUCUGUAUCGGACACCUUCACCAUUCUUGGACCGACGGUCUUUCCCAAGCCCACCUAUGUUUACGGGGAUGACGUCCCGAGCGACAAGGACCUCGUGACGUACCUGCAGCCUACCUCCGGGAGUCAUCGGCCCGACCGAGACUCGGUCUUUGUCUUUGCCGCCGAGUACAAGUUCGACACAUACGUACUCUUUCUGAUGAGCCUCUACGACACGGGAUUCAGGGGGGAUGUGGUCUUUGGCAUUUCGAAAAUGGACUGGGAAAACAAAGAGGUCCGGAAGUUCCUGGAGCACUGGCAAAACGCCGCCGGGAAGGACGAGAUGACCGUGGUCGUGUAUGUGGUUCCCUACCACUGCUACAACCUCGAGGGGGAAGUGGUACCCAGCCACAGGGGCGGGAUGCGCGUCUGCAAGUGCAACGACAUGUUCGGCCUGAGAGCGAAAGGCGGUGAUCCCGAUGCACCCACCAUCCCCAUCGCGGACAAGCGGCACGGGCGAACCGCACAAACGAUCCGCUACGAAUUGUACUGGAUAUGGUCCGAGCACUACGACCCCGACAGCUGGAUACUCCUCAUCGACGCGAGAGACACCAUCUUUCAGCAAACUCCCUUUGGAAGAGUGCCCCGGAGGGAGAACCACGGAGACGACGGCGGGGUCCUCAUUUUUUUCGGAGAAAACGCGGACGCCACCAGCCUGGGACAAAGCAAGUACAACCGCAAGUGGCUGACCCUUGCCUACGGGGAGAGCGUCGCCGACGCCUUUUACGACAAGCCCACCAUUUGCAGCGGGUCGACCAUGGGCGAGCAGAAGGCCAUCGAGACCUACCUGCGGGCCGAGGUCGCCGAAUCCGACGAAUCAAAGACGGUCAUCUUCGGGGCCGACCAGGGCUUCCACAACUACCUUUACUACAGCAACAAGAUGGCCAACGCAGAAGCGAUAAGCCAGAUCCUAGUGCAGGACCAGGGCCUCGGACUCGUCAACAACAUGGGGGCUCUCCGCGACAAACCCCUCUCGGAGUGGGGCAACGGAAGGAUGCUCCAGGAAGAAGCGUCGGAAGCGCACCCCCAAAACACGGUCUUCAACUGGGACGGGACCGUCUCUCCUAUCGUGCACCAGUACGAUCGGCACAAGGUGCUGUCCAAGUGGUGGUGCAAGACCAAGUACAAAGAGUACAAGAACCGGUGGAACGAGAUGAAAAAAUGAACCCGUCCCAGCGAACGCGACAACAAAGGCGAUCAACCUUCCGGGGCAAAGAACUAAAGAAACAUAUGUAAAUCAA